GGGCUGUAGCAAACUCCACGUAAGAAAUUGGUCUUUCUUUUGGUUCCGCCCCCGUGAAGCAAUCACGAACGCCUGUGAUUGGUCAGGCGCUCUGGAGGCGGGGGCUCCGAGCUUGGCUCCAGGUUCUUCAGCAAGUCAGGGCUGCGGCGGGGUGGGCGGUAUGUCCGCGGGUGGGGAGACGCGUGGGGAUGCAGGAGGAGAGGGCACUGCUGCUGCCGCCCCCUUCAGCUUCAGCUCGGAACCAACGCUCGAGGACAUCCGCCGCCUCCAUGCCAAGUUUGCUGCUGAACGAGACUGGGACCAGUUCCACCAACCUCGGAACCUCCUCCUGGCCUUGGUAGGGGAAGUAGGGGAGCUGGCAGAGCUCUUUCAGUGGAAGCCGGAUGAGGAGCCUGGGCCCCAAGCCUGGCCCCCCAGGGAACGAGCAGCCCUUCAAGAGGAGCUCAGUGACGUCCUCAUCUACCUGGUAGCAUUGGCAGCCCGCUGCCAUGUAGAUCUGCCCCGAGCAGUGCUCUCCAAGAUGGACACCAACCGGCGACGCUACCCAGUGCAUCUGUCCCGCGGCUCUGCCCGCAAGUACACAGACUUGCCCCAUGGAGCCACCUCUGAAAACCAGGCUGUGGGGCCUGCAGACCUUGCCUGUGAGUCCACAGGUCAGGCCUCAACCUAGAAACAUGGGCACAGAACCUGCAACUCAGCACGGCAUCUGAGGAGCAGAGGGUGCUCCAGCCAUGCUACCUCAUUCUAGUCCUUUCCUAACAGAUCAUGGGCCUGGGCGCUACCCUUCUUGAGGUCUGAGGCCCAAGAACCUCCAGUAGGUAGCCUCCUGUUUUUUUCUCUCUCAAUAAAAGUUUUGGUUAGCAA